ACACUCAACUCGUCACAAACUUCGCCAACGACUCUGUAUUCCUCGCUCGAUCUACAAUCUUUCUCUCAUCUCUUUUUCCUUCAUCUACGUGUAUUCUUCAAUUAAAGACUAGACAACGUUCAUUGUUUGUUUCCUCUGUUGAAAACGCCCACACAUAACGUAUAUAUAUAUAUACGCACCAUGGCAUCCGCUUAUUUCUACAGCCAGCACCAGCACCAGCAACAUCAUGCUGUCAAUGCCCACUUGCAACAAUCCAACAAUCACCACGGUGGUCGCCGAAGAGGGCCUCGCAGCAUGGCCGCUCAGAAUGCCCAGCGGCAAUCUCGCAGUGUGAAGACCAUGCGGGAAAUGGUCGAAGCUCCUACCGUCACGGCUUUCCGUCAACGUUUCGAGGCUGGUCGCUCGUUUGAUUUGGACGACGAUCUGGAAUUCUGUCCUAAUCUACUUACCGAAGACGAUCUGCAUUCUAUUAAUUCCUCUGCUUCUGAUCGCUCAUCCCUGUCCAGCGGCUCUCCAGAGUCCUCGCCUCUGCAGCACCAAAUUCAACCCGCCCAGCAACAGGUGACGCCAAGCAUUUCUCUUUCACCCGGUCCUUCCAAUACAUCCUCCUAUGUCAGCAAUGUUGGUGCCAUGAACCAUAAUAUUAAUGCCAUGCAUUUCCAGCAGCCCGCGGCUGCUCGUGCCCGAAAAGUCAUUCCGAUUGUCAACCCACAAACCGGCAUUACUCUUUCCAGCCCCCCCACUUCGAUCAAUCCCAGUAUGAUGCAGAACCAGCGCCGGUGGUGAGCUCGUCGUGUUUUCGAAAGCUCUGACCUUGAUCCAUAAACUUUCCCUUUUUUCAUUAGGCAUGCCUCGUGACUUCGUUUCUCAUCGCCGUCGCUGGCAUCGAUUUGCAUCAUCUGGGUAAGAGGAGUUAUUUGCUUUUCCAUUCGGUCUCGACGAUCCCUUGCACGACAAAUCUUUUCUUUUCUCCUGACCAUAUAUCCUUUUGAUCAACCCCAAAAAAAAGAAUUUCUGUCAAUAUUGUAUAUAUUUCUCUCUGUGACGACGACGACUACUUUGUUCUUUCGGCCUUUUUACCCACGAUACUUGCAGAUCAGCGACGGCGUAUAUGUUUUUGCAUUCGACCAUUUGUGACGGCAUUCGCUUUUCAAGCGACGGGAAAAAAAAUAUACCAAAAUUUCGUUUUCGGCCUGGUGCACGAUUGCUGCUACGGUGUAUAGAAAGCGCGGCAUUGUUUUUUCUUUUUCCUUGUUUUUUCGAAGAUAUCACAACCGCAUGCCUUGUGUUGGGGGAGUUUUCUUUCUGGAUCUCGGCGACUUGCGAUCUACGACUGUGUUUUUUUCACUCUACGACCACGCAUUUAUUCUUCGGUAAUAUGUCCUUAUUCUACAUCAUUUAUCAUUAUUAUCACUGGGAUGGAUGUAACUGGGGUGGAAUGGCUUGUUUAUUUUAUUUUAUUUUUUUUCCUUUAUUAGACGGCGGAAACGAUACAUGUUUUGCAUUGGGUGUGAUUUUGCUAUUUGUCUUUGUCAAAGCAUUCUGUUGUCAAGAUAUCUGGGCAUCGGGAGAGCCCUCGUUUGAUUUUGUUUUGUUCUGUUGAUUUUCCGGAUAUCCAUUGGGGCAUAUGUAUGGGGUGGUGAAAUGUAGGUGAGGUGUAUCAGCCUACCUGGUCUGGAGUUUUGGUCUAUGUUAGGCCCCGAAUAUAUUGCUUCUAUUAUCUAUUUCUUCUUUAAACUACUGGUAGAAUAAUAUUGUUCUUGUAUGAAUAGCUAAACCGAGGAUAUCGGGU